AUGGAUAGAGAACCAGAGGAGCUUCAAUUCCUGGGUUUGUUAGGAAUCUACAAGGAGUCGUCAAAGGUGAUCUUCACAUGGCGAAAAGUUUUCACAAAGAUCACCCUUUCACUAAUCCUCCCUCUUACCUUCAUCUUCUUAGCUCAAAUUCAAAUCUCUGAACUCAUUUUCUCCAAAAUCAUCAAAAACGAAGUCGCCUUAGAUGGCACUCGUUCUGGUACGCCUUCUUACGAUCGCCUUACCAAUCGAAUCUCAUCGGAAUGGACUACUUUCUGGCUCUUCAAAGCAGCCUACUUUAUCUUCUUCCUCAUCUUCUCCCUUCUUUCCACCUCCGCCGUCGUUUACUCUGUCGCUUCCAUUUACACAGCCAAAGAAUUAACCUUCAAGAAGGUCAUGACCGUUGUCCCAAAGGUUUGGAAGCGUCUCAUGAUCACCUUCCUAUGGAACUUCAUCAUAGUCUUCUUCUACAAUAUCGUGGCGGCGUUCUUCUUCAUUUUAGCUCUUAUCGCCAUCGGUCCCGGAGACGUGAGGCCGGUGGUUCUCUAUGUUCUUCUUGUUCUCUACUUCAGUGGGCUUGUUUAUAUUAGUGUUGUGUGGCACUUGGCUUCAGUUAUAUCUGUUUUAGAAGAUUUUAAAGGAAUCCAAGCCAUGAUCAAGAGUAAGGCCUUGAUAAAGGGGAAUAAGUGGCUUGGUUGUGCAAUUUUUGUGAAGCUAAAUCUUGCUUUUAUAUUCAUACAGUUUGGGUUUGAGAAGUUGGUGGUUCAUGGGGAGGAAUUGGGGAUGGGGAGUAGGGUUUUGUAUGGGAUGGUUUAUUUCUUUUUGCUCUUGAUUUUGUUUUUGUUUGGGCUGGUUGUUCAGUCUGUGUUUUAUUUUGUCUGCAAAUCUUAUCACCAUGAGAGCAUCGAUAAGUCUUGCUUGGCAGAUCAUCUUGAGGUUUAUCUUGGAGAUUAUGAACCUCUUACUGGCAAGGAUAUUCAAUUGGAGCAAUAUCAUGUAUGA